AUGGGGCUUCAACAUUUUGAAAAAUCUUUUACCAGCUUCUUAUUUUCAUCUAAAAUUUUUUUUUCUUUUUCCAGUUUUUCCAAAGGAAGUUAUUUUUUGUCAUUUUUAUGUGUAUCUCUUUUGAUAUUUUCUGCUUUUCUUUAUUAUUUUCCAAAUUGUGAUGAUAGUAUUCUUAAAAAGGAAGAAAAUAAAUUUUUAAUUGAAAAACAAAAAGAAAUUCAAAAUCAAGAAACAUUUUCAAUUAAUUAUAAAGAAAAUCAACAAAAUAUUAUUACAGGUUUAUCUGUUCAACCAAUUACUUCUGUUGUUUUGUAUAAAGGUAAAUAAAUAUUUUGAUUAAAUUUUUGAGACAUAAAGGGGGUUUUUCGGAGCCGGGGUCUCUCUGGUUGGUUCUGGAUAUCCGAGGAGGAUUUUCCAAUGAUCGACAGCAGGCCCGUAGCCAGGAUUUGGCUGUACUUUAGUACGUGGGUCC